UGGUCAGCCGGUCAGUGCUGUUGGUACAUUCGCUCUGUAAACAUCGGAUGAUAGAGCGACUGAAAUAAAUUUCAUUUAAAAAAAUGUCGACAAAAAGCCGGUCUUUGCUGGAAAUAAUUUUAAUCGAUUAUCGUUGGGUGUUCGUCUGUUUCUUCCUGCUACCGAUAUCAUUUGUGUACAAUCUAUUCUACUAUGUCCGUAAUGUAAUCGUUUUUCGGUUGAACACCGCUCCAAAGAAACAUGAUAGCAAAGUGAAAAAGAUUCAGAGCCAGGUAAACGACUGGCGGAAGUCUGGCAUGAAAACCAAAAUGUGUACAGCUCGUCCCGGUUGGCAAACGAUGAGCUUUCGCCGACCUUUGUACAAACGACACUUUACCCAAAUCGACUGUAAUCUCAUCGACAUUUUGGAGGUGGACCUAAAGCGCGGUGUCAUUCGUGUCGAACCCUUGGUGAAUAUGGGUCAAAUAUCGGCAACGUUAGCGAAAUUAGGUUGGACUAUUGCAAUUGUGCCGGAACUGGAUGAUCUUACUGUCGGUGGACUAGUGAUGGGAACGGGAAUCGAAUCAUCGUCGCACAUUUACGGUUUGUUUCAACAUAUUUGCGAGUCGUAUGAGUUGGUGCUGGCCGACGGCAGUUUGAUUACUUGUUCGAAACACGAAAAUUCGGAUCUAUUUUAUGCGGUACCUUGGAGUUACGGAACGCUUGGAUUCUUAACGGCUGUGGAAAUCAAAAUUAUUCCAGCGACUAAAUACAUUCGACUAAAGUAUGAGCCCGUGCGAGGGAUACGAAAUUUAUGUCGAAAAUUUGACGAAGCGUCCAAAAACAAAAGCAAUUGCUUCGUUGAGGCGCUGCAGUUUGGAUUAGACGAGGCUGUGGUCAUGACAGGAGUAAAAGUUAACGAUAACGAAGUGGAUUAUGAAAAGAUAAACGAAAUAGGCAAGUGGUACAAGCCAUGGUUCUUUGUUCACGUACGCAACAUGAUGAAAUCGAACAAGCAAAUAGUUGAAUACAUCCCGCUAAAAGACUAUUUCCACAGACACUCCCGGUCGAUAUUUUGGGAGUUGCAGGACAUCGUUCCCUUCGGUAACAACAUUUUGUUCCGUUACCUAUUCGGAUGGUUGAUGCCCGUUAAAGUUUCCCUGCUGAAGAUAACUCAAACCGCUGCGAUCAAGAAACUGUACGAAGAGAAUCACAUAAUUCAAGAUAUGCUCGUGCCGAUCAGUAAAAUGGAACAAUGUCUGCGCGAUAUCGAUGAUGCCGUUCAAGUGUACCCGAUCUGGCUGUGUCCGUUCCACUUACCCAACGAUCCGGGUAUGGUGCAUCCGAAAACUGAGACUUCGCAAAUGUAUGUGGACAUUGGCAUCUACGGUGUCCCGCAACGUAGAUUUGAUGCUAAGCCAGUUACGCGCCGGAUUGAGAGUCUAGUGGCGGAUUGUGAUGGUUUUCAAAUGUUGUAUGCAGAUACGUACAGAACGGAAGACGAAUUUCGGCAAAUGUUUGAUCACAGCCUGUACGAUAAAAUGCGCACAAAAUAUGACUGUAAAUCGGCCUUUCCCGAAGUGUUUGGCAAAGUGAAUAAAAAUGUUCGAGACUAAGUUAACGGCGUGAUUGUAAUUUGUCGAUUAAUCGAUUUGUCAAUGAAAUAAAAAAUAAUUCGAAGC